UGCAGUCUCCAGACAGGCAAAGGAAGUCUCACUCACAGCUAGCUAGCUAGCUAGCAAGCUAACAUUGGUAUCUGUAGUUUUCUGAGCGAACGGUAUGGAUUCAUAUAAAUAAUCGUUUGAUUGAGACCCAGCCAUGUCUCAGCUGGAGAAGAAGGCGGGGCUUCUGAGAAGGACGUCCUCCUCUAAGAAACCCCUGAAGGAGAAAGUGGUGCUGAUGUAUGAUGAGAUCUUUGCGAAAGAGGAUCCAGCCAAGAACAACUCCCGUUUCUGGGAUGAACUCUUCCUCAUGAAGGUAAAUCUGGAGUACCUGGAGGCCAAGCUGGAGUCUCUGGAUGGAGAUGAGGUGAUGAAGAUUAAAGACAACAUCAACAGUCUGUUCCACCACUGUGUUCAGGCCCUGGCAGAGGAGCAUCAGAUCAAAGUGGUCAACGCCCUGCAGACUCUGUGUGCGUUGUUUCGUGGGGUUCACCAGAAGAACAAGUCAGCCUCAGGCUUCGACAUCAUCAACAUGCUCGUGGGCUUCGACAAGGCCGAGCUCCGCAUGAAGGACCUGAUGGAGAGUUUAGACAGCCUGCUGUGUGGGGAGGGUUCAGAAAGUCUCAAGGCCCUGUGUCUCAAACUACUGCUGUGUUUAGUGACGGUAACAGACAACAUCAGUCAGAACACCAUCCUAGAGUAUGUUAUGAUCAACAGCAUCUUUGAGGCCAUUCUGCAGAUCCUAUCAGAUGUGUCCACUAGAGGACAACAUGGUUAUGAUGCUGUUGUCCUCCUGGCUCUGCUCGUCAACUACAGGAAGUACGAGUCUGUGAAUCCCUACAUUGUGAAGCUCUCCAUAGUGGAUGAUGAACCGACCCUAGAUGGAAUGGGUCUGGUGGUUGGCCAAGCCCUGACAGAAUAUAACAGACAGUACAAAGACAAAGAGGAGGAGAACCAUGGAGGCUUCUUCUCUACUCUCACCAGUAUGGUGGGCAGUAUGUUCAUUGCAGAUGCAGAUGAGAAGCUCUCAGUACAGACCAAUGAGGCGAUUCUGCUGGCGCUGUACGAGGCCGUGCACCUCAACCGCAACUUCAUCACUGUUCUCGCUCAGAGUCACCCAGAGAUUGACAUCCCGACCACACCCAUCACCCCUGUUCUGACCACUCCCACGACGCCACUCGGCACAACCCCGCCCUCUAUGGACAGUGAGUAA